UUCUAACGCACUCUUAACACUUGAAUGACAAUGGGAGAGAAAAGUGGGGAUCCCUUUAGGUGGAUUGGACUUUUUGGAUGCCAGUGAGCAAACCAAAGCCCUGCCCUUUCUUUUUUAAGAGAAGAAGGCCUUUUCAGUUUUCUUAGGCUUCAGCUUUUAUAGCCAGGAGGAACUAGGGUCGGAUUCUCUCUGUUUUCUGGCUGGUUACGGUUAUUGGAGGUCGAAUGAUAUCAAAUCUUCCUGUGUUUCUUUUGUUUUUCUCUGAAAGCUGAAGCUGGUGUACUACUUGCUUUACAAUUGGUAUUCUCUCAGAACAGGUACCCACUAAUGACACAGGAAGCAUGCUUGUCCUUGAAUGAUCAUGUGAUUAAUUGAAACUAAGAAAUCGAGCUGUGGAGUUGUAUUUUGAUAUUCAAGUUCAGUGACUGAUGGACUUGAUAACUUUGCAUGGAGAAAGUGGCCUAUGAUGCAAAAUGAAUCAUGAGUGCUUGUAUGUGUUAUUCAAGUGAUAUGCUUUUUGCUAGAUUUUCUGUGACAAUGUGCAGUUCAAUUGCACAAAGCAUUUUAAUAUCAGUGAUGUUCCUUUGAUCAGAGUUGCCGGCCAUUGACCAAAACGCACUCUUGGCUACAGUUAUCCGCCUUAAAGUUAUAUUAGACUAAAGAUGGAUCAGCAUUCAGCAUAAUCUAAAUGCAAGUGGAAUGGCUGGUUUUGGGCACUUUUGUUCACCUGAAGAGGCAGAUUGUUUAGGGAAGGCAAAGAGCUUAUCUGAUUCUUAUAGAGUACCUGCUGGUGGAGAUACUGGAUUGGGUAAGCAGAUGCGUGGUUCUGUUUCUGACCCUGAAAUCAGUAGUUGUGAAUCUGCACAAUCAACAAAAAUGGAAAGGAAGCAUUUAAUUCAUGAUCAUACUUCUUCAAUUUAUUGUGGCAUAGAAAAUGCUGGUGAUUCGGCACUAUUAUCUUCUGUUUCUCCUUCAAGAAGUUCAGAACUUAAGAAAAAGAACCGUGUUGAAAGAACUUGUGGGGUAGUGCCAAGCAGUGGAAAUCCAAGGGAUUGUGAUGUAUCUGCUUCUUCACCCUGGGUUAUUGAUUCUACACAUAAUGUUUCGAUGAAGAAUGAUUUCAGCUUGGAGGGAAGGCAAACUCUCAGCAAAGAAACCAAUGAAUUAACAGGUGGAAGAAUGAAGGAGCUACAUGUAGAUGAAAACGGAUUGAAGUCCGUGAUACUGGCAACUUAUCAUAACAAGCAACUUAAAACUGAGUCCUCCUCUUCCAACUCAAUACGUGUGAUCCUUCCAAGCUCUUCAAAUGACAGCUGUCAGGAAACAUCAGUGGAUGCCAAGUCAAGUGAGCUUAGUAAGCCUUGUGGUAUUGAUACUUCCACAUGUAGUAACUUAACUUGCAGCCUGGAGGAGCCUGCAGUAAAAAAUUCACUACUGUGUAUGGCAGUGCAAAUUCAUGUAGGCUUUUCACCUGAAAAGCAAGGCCAUAUGCGUGACCCUUCAAAAAUUGUUGACAAUGCUGGAGCAAGAGAUUGUCAUAAGCUUGUAGAGAUGAUUGCAGAUGGUAAUUCCAUGUUCUUGGAGAAAGGUGACCUUCAGAAAUCCAUUUCACCCAAGAAAGAAAAUGCAGAGUUUGCUGAAGUGAAGCCAUGGAAUGAGUUAAACCAAAGAGUUGUAAGUGAUGUGGAGCAAGAAGUUGGGAUGUACAAUGAGGCCUCAGGAAGUUGCUCUGCUAUACAAGACAGAUGUGGCGAGAUUGUUCAUCCGAGCUCUGUUGAUUCUUCUGUUUCAAAUAAAUGGAGCUUAACAGAAACUGGAAGCAAAAUCCAGUCUGGCUAUAAACGAGAUAGGUAUGAUAGGUUUGGUUCCACCAAUGGUGAGGUGAGUCUGGAAAUGUCAACUAGAAAUGAGGAGUUGUGCAUAGAAGUUAAAGAGCCAUCACAAUACAGGGAUGAUGUGAAGAAGCACAAAACUAAUGAUUGCAUGCAUGGGCAGGGAUCAUCUCCUUUUAUUACAGAAUCAGAAGAUAUAACUGCUAAUGACCAGCCUACUGGUGUUUCUGGAAUUGAUCUUAAUGAAACUAUCCUUGCAAAUGAAGUGGAUUACCAGAAGCAAUCAAUCAACGAAGUUAUAUCUUUGCAUGCAGAAAUUGUGUCAAAGCCAAUACCUAUGGUGGCUAAAUCUGGAAUGCCUAUAUGCUUACCUAAACUCCAUAUACAACUUGAUGGGAACGCAGCUGGCUGGAGGGGAUCUGCUGCAACUAGUGCUUUUCGGCCAGCUUCUGUUCUUGAAAGCACAAAAAGGAUCAAGGCAUCAUCUCCUUUGGACAGUAACAAUGGUUCAAAAUCUUCACAGGUUAAUUGGAUUGACCUCAACGUUUCUGCUGAAGGAGGUGAUAGUGAAACAGAACUACUUCCAGAGAAAUGCCUUCGAGCAGUGUCAAGUUUCCCUUCUGAAGACUGUUCUAUGGAGGUUAGUUCAUCACAAGCAGAAAAGUUCAAAGUGGACCUCAAUUGUGUCAGUGAAAAUGAUGAAAAUUCUCAUCAACGGUGUGCACCAGCAUCAUUAUCAAGAGGCUCUGUUAAGAAUUUUGAUUUAAAUGAUGACCCAACAUCUGCAGAUAUCUGUAGUGAUUCUUACCCGCUAGCACUGGGGACCUCAGCAUUGAGAGACGAAGUGUUUGGUGAUUCGGUAGUUACUUUCCAGGGAAAUGCAAAACAACAGAAAUUUAAUGCUGUAGAAUCAUCACACAGGGGAAAUUUAAGUACAAUGCAGAGAUUUAAUCAUGGUGAGGGCAAACCCUUCCUGAUGACUGCAUCCACUAUCCUUCCCUCAGUUGAACAAAUGCAAACCGCUAUUUCCCAGCAGCAAAGGCCAACUUAUGCAUCAUAUCCACCUCCAUCAUCUUUUCCACAUACAUUGUUAUGUAAUAAUGCAUUCUUCAUUGACCCUAACAACCGCAUAUCCUCAAAUGACUAUCCUCCUGGUGCCAUUUCAUACAACAUAAUAAACCCACAAGUAACUGCCUUUUUCCCGGGUAUCUUUGGUUCCAAUGCCCUCUCUGCCUUUUCUGGGACUCCGCAUCUCAUGCAGGGUCAUGUUAGACCCUGCUUCAAUGACAUUGCAAUCAUGAGGCCCAAUUUUGGGCCAAAUGGAGGGAUAACUUCAUCAGAGACUGGAAGCUGGGGAGUAAAUGGCAGACAACUCUCAAUUCCUAUAAAUAAUGCAACAACAGAAGAUCAAAUGAGAUCUUUCCAACAGCAUGCUUUGUCUGCUGCACCCAUGAAGAUGGAACCAAUGGGGGGAUGGGAAUCUUACCAACCUGGCUUUAGACCAAUGACUUCUUGGCGCUAGGUCUCCAAGAAGGUGAAGUUUCUAGUCGGUAAAUUUUUACCCGGAACACAUUUAUAUUUGCUUUUGCAGUUCAAUUGUUUAACUUGGCCAAUGGCCACAGUAUUUAAGAGGAGUUGAACAUUUUUAAGCUUCCACGAGUAUGAGCUAAGAAUGAAUGCUUCUGUCAUUCUUGAUAUUUGACAAGCAUACGUUAUAAUUUUUUCA